AUGUUCUCCAGAUCUCUCCGCGUCGCCUCUCGCAGGGUCCUUGCGACCUCUGUCCGCCCUUCUGCCAUGCCCGCUCGUCAGCUUGCACCUGCUGCCACUGUCGGCGCCACGAGGGGAUACCACGAGAAGGUCCUUGACCACUACUCGCGUCCCCGUAACGUCGGCUCAAUGCCCAAGGGCGACCAGGACGUCGGUCAGGGUCUCGUCGGUGCUCCUGCUUGCGGCGAUGUCAUGAAGCUCAACAUCCGUGUCGACCCCAAGACCAAUGUCAUCUCCGACGUCAAGUUCAAGACCUUCGGCUGCGGAUCCGCCAUCGCUUCCUCCAGCUACCUUACCGAGCUUGUCCGGGGCAUGACCUUGGAGCAGGCCGGCCGCGUCAAGAACACCGAGAUUGCCCAGGAGCUCAAGCUUCCCCCCGUCAAGCUCCACUGCAGCAUGCUUGCCGAGGACGCCAUCAAGGCCGCCAUUUCCGACUACUACACCAAGAACCCCAACGCGAAGCCCACCAACCUGGCCGGCACCGAGGCCAAGGCCGAGUCCGCCGCCUCCGCUUCCGCAUAA